AAAGAUGCUUGUACAACGCUGGGAUAUAAUUUCGUUUGUCAAAAACUUCUCAGGUUCCAUGAAAAGUGUUUAUUAUAACAUAUUAAAAUGCCUAUAUUGAUGUUUAGCAGUUGUUUCUUUUUGAAGUUUCAACCUUUGUUUCAUGAAAUUUUCCUCUGAUUGUAUCUAGUUAUGAUUCAUUAUUAAAAAUAUUAAUAUAUUUAGCUCUAUAUUUCACUACAAAGUUAGGUUGAAACACGUUUAGAGAUAUGAAACUUAACACUAAAACAAAAGGAAACAUAAUUUGACACCCCUAUCAACUUUAUUUCAAAAUUUAGGAAUGGCAUGCUUUAUUAGUUGAGAUAAAUGAAUAAUGUUUUAUAAUUUGUCUGGAUGAGAUUAAAUACCAAAAGAGGGGCAAGUUGAUCUGUGGAAGGUAGAUAAGAGUAUCGAGUUGGUUAGCUUGACAUUAUGUAUCGACGUCAAAAUCACUAGUACAGACAAAACGUGAGAUGAAUUAAACUAAUAAUCCAAUUCAAGGGAAAUAAGAAAAGAAUGUGAGGAAAUGAGAGAAAACGACGAAAACCCUAAAGAUUUAUGGAGAAGUGCACCUUGCUAGUGAUGUCUUAAAUUUAACUCCAUCUAUCUCAACACGUGAAAGACAUGCAUCUGACUCUUUCUCUUUCAUUUUUCUUAUUCAUUUCUAUUUAUCUGAACAAGCAGACCAAACUCCACUGAUCACGACUUUUUUGGAGUUGUAAAAGUAAGUUGUAAACCAGUAUAUUUCUUAACCAGUUAAGACUAAGUUGUAAAAAAUCGAAUACAGUUAUCAAAACAAAGUCAAUUUAUAUUCAUACUUUUGCAAAUAUAGAAGUAAUAAAAAUGACUGAGUUGUGAUGCGUAAUAAUAUAGUGAAUGCCAGGUCUUUUCUAGUGAAAAUGUAUAAAUUGAAGUACAUGCAAAGACGUUAUAAUUACGGAGUGUGACUACUUCAAAGGAAAUGGUAAUUUAGUAAUGAUUUUGAUUAAUAAAUAUAAUGCUCAUAAGAAGAAGAAAUGGUUUUAGAAGAUACAAUAUUACAGUAGAAAACGAACAAUGUCUGAGUAAUCCAAGGUGAAAAUUAUAAGGAAAUUACACAAAAUUUGGAUGGUCAUUAAAGCUAUAUUGUUCUAUUUUCGUGACAGAAAAAAAAGUUCUAUUUGCUAUGAAAAUUUUAAAUUGAAGUACAUGCAAUACAUAAUACAUUACAAAUACGGAAUACUGCAAAAAGUAGUAGUGAUCAUGUUUAACAAAUAGGAAAUUCAUAAGAAAAUGAAUUCCAAAAGCAUGUUUGAAAACGAUAUAGAUCUUAAACUAAAAAAAAGGAAACUUACAAUGUCAGAAGAACCCAAGGUGACAAUGUUUAUUUAACACAAAAAAUUCCGGGAUCCAAUAUGAUUUGAAGAUAUUUUAGUAAGAUAAAAACGUAUGACUGGACCUUGCGUUAUUUCCCGGUGAAUGUUAAAAUAUCUUCUUUAUGAUGCCAUUAACAUGUGUUUUUAUCAUUAAAUUAGUAGUUAAGUGGAGGUUGGGAGUAACGCAAAAAUAAAAAAAAAAUAAAGAAAAAAGAAGGCAUAAACCUCGUGCGUUAUAUACUUAUAUCUGACCGACCGAUACACAUUAUUAUUUCUUUCGAAGUUCACAUGAAAUAUCCUUUUAUCAUUACUUCUUCUCGCGUCUCUUCUCUCUCUCUCGCUCUCUCUAUUUCUUGAUCUCUCUGCUACAUCGAGAAAACAGACAAAACAUGUCUAAAGUUACCACAGAGCUCGACUUCUUCGGUCUUGACAAGAAUCAGACCAAUAACGCUCCAAAGCCCAAGUUCAAGAAAACUCUCGACCGUCGUCGCAGUUUCCGAGAAAUGCAAGGUGCGAUUUCUAAGAUAGAUCCGGAGAUUAUCAAAUCACUGUUGGCUUCUGGUGCUAACCGUUCCGAGUCAUCCACCAGAUCGCUUUCUGUUCCAUCUACUCCCAAGGAGGAUCAUCCUCAAAUACCGUCUUCUCCUGUCCACGUGCCUCUUUCCAGGCCUAGUAUGGAACUUGUCUCUGGAACUGUUCCUAUGACCAUUUUCUACAAUGGAACCGUCUCCGUUUUCCAAGUGUCUCCUAACAAGGCUGAGGAUAUUUUGAAGGUUGCCAUGCAGACAACACCAGAGAAAGACAAAUCGGUGGAGAAAGAUCUUUCGAUCUUCCCAUCGCAAGGAGAAAGUCACUACAAAGGUUUCUUGAGAAGCGCAAGGAGAGAUAAUUGCUCUCUCCUACCUUCCAAGGAUUAACCCCAAAACAAUUAAACUAAAAGUCUCAGCCGCCGGACACCAUCAUCUGCUAGUACUGCUACACCGGCACCUGCUCAUGUAUGAACCUCUCCAUUUUGGGCUUAGUCUAAGCCCACUAUCCUAAUCUAAGCUUUCGUUGCCCGAAAAAAAAUAUUUGUUACUGUUGAUAGUUAAAAGGGCCAUGCUUUGACGAUGCGUGUCCAUUCAGAUACUUGCGCAUAUUUCAAAUAUUAGUUUGGACAGAAAACUGAGCACAUGAUCAUUGCGGUUUAGGAAUAAAUGGAGUUCACAUCUUUUCAAGAUAAAACUGAUUAGUAUGUGACCCCAAAAAUAAACAUGACUUGAAAUUAAAACCCAUAAAUAUUACUCGCCGGUUUCUCUGUUUCUGUCAAACUAGCUGGUAUUAAUAUGCAAAAAUGCAACUCUCUAUUUCUGUUUUAAUUUGUUUCCAUAAAUGUAAUAGGUAUAGCAAACGAAAUGUCUUGUAUUAGUUAACUAUUUGAUCAUUACAGUUUCACUAGUUUAUAAUGAAUUCAAUCAGUCAAAAGUACACUGAUUGAACAAUAAAGUUUAAUUUGUUUGAAAGCUCACAUCUAUUCGUUAUUACUAAGCAAAACCGGAGAUAACUGACUCACAGCUAUUUGAGAACAAAUACUGGAAUCAUAUAUAAACUUUUAAAAAAUCUUUACUAAAUCGUUUAGUCUUUCUUCUGUAAAAAAAUCAGACUUAUGUUUGUCAAAAUUGUUCAUUCCAUAUUGACAAUAACGCUAGAAAACAAUUCGAUAGAUUUCAUAUAAAAUAAACAAAAGCAAGACAUAAAUGAAGUAAACGUUUCAAUUGUUAGAUUGAAAGGAUCGGAGCAUCAGUUUUAAAAAGCUCGAUUUAUAUAAUCCGCAUGGUUAAUAGGAAGCACUGUUGUUGUG